UUCGUCUCGAAGUUUCUGAGGGGCGUCAUUUUUUCUUGCAUUAGGUAACAACCUGUAAGGUAUUCUGACGGCUUCUAUAUAAUACAUGGUACUAGUAUAAUUAUGUGAACAUGAAGGUAAAGCUUACGGGAACUACAUGAGAAACGGAACGGUUGCUUCGAGGCGAAUGUAUUAAGUGCAGUAUCGGAGGUUCUCUGGAAGGAUAGAGAAGCAUUUUAAUAGGGUGUACAGAAAAAUCAGCCUGAUGGAUACGAGGCAGAAGAUACAACGAGAGAAUGACAUCGACAACGAAGGUAUACUCUUGAAAAUCAAGAACAUUGGUGAACAGUAUCUGGCUUGUCGACCCGCGAGGGAAAUCGCCGAUGCCGUGGAAGCUCUGCUACCAGAUCUCGAUGAAGUUAUGCUGGUCGAAGUUGCGUUCCAAAACCCCACCGCCAGAGCCUUUCCACCCCACAAAGACUACAGAUUAUCUGUGCUGAAAACACUCAUCUCAAGAUUAGAUGGCCACUGGGACCUUGGCGACGCCUUGUAUACAGAGUUGAGCACCGCAAUGUCGGCAGAAAGUCAUGAGGGCUUUGUCACGUAUAGCAUAAACGAGAAGUGCGGAAGUGGCCCAUUCCAUGUUACGCUGAAGGAAAACCGCGCAUUCGCUUCACAGGGAACCACAGGGCUGAAGUCGUGGCCAGCGUCAAGAAUCCUCUUGGAAGUACUGCUCCGCCUUGGCAAUUUCAGCGGAAGGCGAAUUCUCGAAUUAGGCUCAGGGGUUGGCCUCACCGGUCUGUGUGUAUUAAAAGCGCGGCCUUUAAUCGAAUCGUUCACUUUUACCGACUGCCACGCGGCUGUUCUCGAUACGCUAAGGGAAAAUAUUCAAAUUAAUUUAAGCAAUGGUGACACCCGUGCGCGAGUGCAGUUAUUAGAUUGGUGUGUUGGGGGCCAUAUUUCGGACAAUGUUCUCAUUGUAGGAGCAGACAUCGUCUUUGAUAGGGACAUUAUAAGUUCUCUGGUGAAUCUUAUUACAGGAUUCUUAACUCAGAACAAUUCGUGCGAAGCCAUAAUUGCUAACAUUAUAAGAAACAAUGAUACGUACUCAACUUUUCGGACCGCCAUCAAAAAUCACUGUAUUGUUGACACAAUUGAAGUAAAAGAAUUUUGGUAUUUCGAUAAGGUAAUAGAUGAUUAUGAGGUUAUACGGAUUAAAAGUAAAUUAAAAUAGUCUCUUGUUAAAAGAACUAGGAAUAAUAUUGUUUCAUUUUCUCUAGUACAAACAUGUUUUUUCUAAACUCGUUGCUUACAGGAUAAUGGUUUUGAUCAUUAACGCUUACAACCGAAACACCUUUUUGAUGGGUGAAUUUGGGGGGAGUAGUAUCGAAGUGACACGACUUAAGUCGCAUAAGAUCUUGCAACAGAGUUGCUUCAUCAUUGACAUCAGACGCUACCUCAGUCGGCGCAAUAGACGUGAACCGUACAAGUAACGAAAUCCAGAGGGCCGUUUCUGGGUGCUGGUAUGUUCUAAAAAAGCUUUAUUUUUCUGCCUUUUGUUACAAUUUCUCUCCUAUUGCGCUAGCGCUUAAUAUUAAGGUUUGAAUGGCCCUCCGUUUAUUUUUGGGAAGCAGGACUUUAAGCUAAUAUGCAGGUGUUUGCUUGAAUGCAAAGGUCUGCGGUGGUUUCACGAAAUAAAUGCAAAGGUGGGGCUGUUCUUUCUGAAGUAACACUCUAAAAUUCCUUCCUCUCUGUCUGUAUGCUCUUGACUAUGGGUAAGUGGUUUUCAGUUGACGAGAGUGAGGUAACUGGAAAGAGGGACAAAGGAAAAAAGCUUGUAUAAAUGCACCCCCAUACUUGCCCUCGUUAUGUAAUGGCAUUAAUACAUCAAAUCCAGGUAGCCGUGUUGCUGUGUUGGUGCAAUAAUUUGUUUGUAUUAGAUGUCUGCAUAUCUCGAUCUGCUUGCGCCGACCAUUAUACACUUGAACUUUUAUGCCUAUGACCGGAAUAGUCAUUUACGUCAUGUGAUGGAGGUAUGCUACUUUUAGCAACAUAGCGCCUCUCCCAUGAGCAUUCGAAAACCUCUCUCUCUCGAUCACUUUUCAUUACCCGCGAAUCCGCGAUGACCUGCGAGGUAACUGCCGGUUUCUCAAGCUCGACUUUUCUACUACACAGCGACGCGAGAGGUAGUUCGUGCCCGCGGGCCAUUGGUUCCGUGGUCCUCCCCAAGCCGAACAAUUUAUUGAAGUAAUUUCGCCCGCUGGGCUUACUUCGACUGCGAUGGUUAGUUACUAUGUACAACCGGUCAGACCGCCGCUGUUGAUGUUACCUCUUCACAAUGUACGACAGCUAUCGUAUAGACUCACUUCACGUUCUCGUCUAACCCCUGUGCUUCUCUCAUUGUAAAGGUAACUUAACUCGGUAGAACUGUUUAAGCUUACCGCUCGCAUCUCACUUUUCCUUCAUCGUUUUCUCAUUACCAAAAGAUGGAAAUGUAGUGCGGUCACUGGCUGAAUAAAGUGAAUAAAGAAUUUGGAACCCCGCUGAAGGCACAUCACUGAAAAAA